AUGGCAGUAAAAUUUAAGACGAAAGAAGAAUUAAAAGAAUAUUUUGAAAAUAUCGGAAUAGAAUAUCGUUACGGUUGUUUUUCAGAGAAAAAACCCGAAGUUUGUCAUUUAUUAGGAGAUUAUUUAGAAGUAGUUAAAAAUGAUUUUCAAAAAGCAGCUAAAAUAUAUAAAGCCAAUUGUGAUGAUUUCAAUCAUCCGAGAAGUUGUCACGCUUAUGGAAAUUAUGUUGCAACCGGUAAAGGUCAAGAAAAAAAAAAUUACGAAACGGCAUUUAAUUAUUUCUUAAAAGCUUGCUCUUAUGAUUAUGGAGCAUCUUGUUUUAAUGCUGGAAUGCUUACAAUCACAGGAACAUCAAAUCCGAAUAAAGAAAAAGACUAUACAAAGGGUUUAGAAUUACUCGAAAAAGGAUGUAAAUUAAAUAUCACACCAGCUUGUUAUUAUUUAUCAGGGCUUUAUAUAAAUGGUUCUGAAGAUAAAGUUGUAGAAAAAAAUAUGGAAUUAGCAUUUCAAUACUCUGAAAAAGCAUGCGAAUUGGGAAACAUAUAUGCAUGUGCAAAUCUUAGUAUUAUGUAUAAGAGAGGAGAUGGAGUGGAAAAAAAUGAAAAAAUGUCAGCUAAAUAUAGAAAUUUAGUCGAAGAAAUGAAAAGCGAACAAGAAGUUAUUGCAAUUAAUGGUGAUGGAUUAACUUGA